AAUGGAGCUGCAAAAAACAAAUCAAAGUUACCAAGUCGUAAAGAUAAUGUUUUUUUUUAAUUUACAUAAUAUCAGCAGAAACAUAGACAAAAAGAAUAGGCCUAUAGCUUGGCCUUCGUUUUACAACAUGUGUAUUUUUGCAUUAUCUUAAAAAUUAUUGUAUCCGCGUUUAGAUUAGACAUUUUGGACACAGAGGAAAGGAAAACACAGUUUUAACUGAAUCAGUUGAUCGAAUAAUGGAUGCUUUAAAACAAACGGUACACAUGUAUAUGCGCUUGCUGAUGAUAAUAUCUCUCCUUUGCGAUGUUUAUGGUUAUGAAAUGUGUUACUCCACUACCUUGUACGACUAUUACUGUAGUGACGGAUUCUACUGCUGUGUAAACAACACUAAGUGCUGCCCUAACGCAUCAGGCUUAUCAGUUGGUGGCAGUGCUGCCGUGGUGAUGGGAACUCUAUUUAUUGUCGUCUGCAUUGUUGUAAUACUAGUAGUCUGUGCAGCGAAGAUACAUAAUCGACCAGGACAAAGGAUACGGCCAAUGCAACAAUCUGGGCAAGCCAUCAUCGCAACGGCAAACCAUCAAAGCCGUCAAGGUCAAGCCAACUUCGACCAGUCUAUAAAUGGACAUCCGUCUUAUGAGCAAGAACAAAAUGGAAAUUGGCACGUUAUCGACAACAAGGCGGAAGCCAGCGACCUAGCAUAUCUCCCUAAUCAAACGAAUUGUUAGUGCAUGUAUCAGAGUAAAAUUAUGUAACCGUUUUCAUGAAAUAAUUUUCAAUGCGCUGGACAAAUUCUCGGGCCAUUGUUGCCAAUGCAUAGAUAAAACAAACUUUUCAGUCAUUAACAAGUUUUAAAAUAUGAUAUAGGAAUGUUUUGAUAUUUCACUUUAUAUGAAUCAUUAUAAAUUAAGCAGAAAAUAUAAAAAUGUGAUAUAUUUCAUCGCUUAUUAUUUAAAAGAUACUGAAUCUA